AGAAUACAAAAGAUACAUGUGAAAUAAAGAGAGGUUAUGUUCUACAAUUUAAAAACCAAAACAAAAUGUUGAAAAACAUCUUCAGAAUUGGAUUCAUCAAGCCUAAUUGCAUUAAAAACUUAGGCACAAGUACUAGUAUAGUCGUUAAAGUAACCCAGAGAGCGCCGGUGCAAUUCCAAUCCGUCAAUUUUUGCACAAAAUUGCGAUAUGCAGGGCCCAGAAAAGACGUUGAAAACCAAUAUGCAUUUAGCAUUUUAAACAAUGAGAUAGGAAGCCCAAGCGAAGCGCUCCCGAAGAGAAUCAGCACACCGAAAGACUUCGAAGAACUGUUAGACCGUAACUGGAAGAAAUCGAACAUAACAGACAUUGUAGAAACCUUCGUAAAAGUGAAAGAUUACUGCAUUACCAACGAUGUCCAACUCUCUAAUCCCGUUUUCGAUAAAUUAGUGGAUGGAUUCGUCGAUAAUUGCGAGCAUAUAACCGAUGAACAAUUAAUAAACUUGCUGCAUACGCUCAUAGGGUUUCCCGUUGAAUUCGGCUAUUCUACGCACAAUUUCCACGACUUAUGGAGCUGCCUGGACGACGUCUGUUGCUGGAAAAUCGUCUCGUGGGAUAUACAAAAGUGUUUCACUGUAGGCAAUCUGUGGUACCAGUUACGAUUAGGUAGAUUAUGCGAUUUCUUGUACGUCGUGACCGAUAGAUUGGUUAAAAAAGCAGACGAUUUAAGCAAAGACGAACUAAUAAAUAUAUAUUUCUAUUUCAAUAUAAUGCGAAGAAGAGCGGUGGAUUUCGAAUACGAGUACGCUUUAGAGAAGCUCAUAAAGGAGAUGAGCGUAGACGAAAUGGCUGUCGUAGCGAUGGGUUAUUUCAAAAGCAGAACCAAAAUUAAAGUAGACGACAUUCAAAUAGCCAUGUGCGAAGCAUUGAUAAAAAACGCCGAUACAGUGAAAGAUAUUUCUGCCUCGGCCAUUUUGAAAGCCCUGAGAUUUUCGAACCCGUUUACGAUAUUCCCGAAGGUCCAGGAGAUGACUGAAAAAUUGUACCCGCAAAUCGACCGGUUCUCCCACACUUCCUGCACCCAUCUGGCCCUCAUGAGCACCGGUAUAAGAUCUUGCAACAAAAAAGUACUGCAAAAAAUAUCCGAAAAACUAGUCAAGGACAUAGGAAACAAGGAACUAGUACGGUCGAAGGACAUCGAAAGGCUGUUAAACACCUUGACAAUGUUCAAUUACGAUCCGAGUACCAAACCGGACAUAUUUCAAGCGGCCCUGCAGGAGCUAAAGAACAAUCGUUUGGACGAACUUCAAAUGCAUGCCAAAGUUUUAAUAAGCAUAUUGAAUUACUUCAGUCUGAAAGGAAUCUAUUCCUACGAAUUCCUCGAUAAAAUUUUAGAUAUGGAAUUCAUUAAAACUCAAUACGGGAAAGUACCGAGAAAUGUACCGAGAGAUGUAUUGUUUCUAGACUGUUCAAUAGAUAUCGAAUGCCCCGAUUACAAGGGUAACCGCAUUCCUGCAGCAUACAGGACCAGGGCAAUUAAGUACAUAUUAGAAUACAUCCCGUCCCACGACCAAUGGAAAAAAAUAACUCUAACCGAUCAGUUGAUUUUAAACGUGAUUGAUAGUGUUAAAAGCAUCGUGGGUGAUGAGAAAUUGAUGUUCGUGGGGCACGUGUUGCCGCAUUUUUCCCGUGCCGACAUUGUUUUGUGUAGGGACUCGAGGACUGGGUCGUUCGUUAAGCCCGAAGGGUUCGAGAAAUAUCAACUCGGGGACAUUAUGUUUCCUCAGGUUCAAGAUAAGAACCUGGAUUGGAUCGCUCUGGUUAUAGUAGGUCCAAACCAUACGGUUUCCGGGUUCAAUAAGCCACUGAUGGGGCUCCCUUUGGCGAAAAAUAGGCAGCUGACGAAGAUGGGCUACAAUCCGGUUCUCAUACAUUGGUUCGAAUUCACCGAAUUGAAAAGCGAACACGAGCGAAAGGAAUAUAUCUUGAAAAAAUUAGAAUAUGAAUGAUUCGUAGAUUAAU